UCUUCCUCGACUGCCAUUAUGCAUACAAGACGUUCCUAAAGAUCCCGCGAUCAGCAAAGUAAAUUUCAAGACCGAAGAAUCGUGUUAUACCCUCUUGCAGAGAAAGAGAGAGGAAAAUUACUGUAGCCAUUUAAGAAAAUUGUCGCAUGAAAUUAUUCGGGGGUAUUUUUUUCAAUGAUAUACAGGGUAGUUGGCAUGCCUGGAAGUUGACGACGCCGCCGGUGGCGGUGCUGCGGUCGGCCAAGGGAAACCAACGACCUUGAGAAGGGAAACCUCGCCGAGAGUUCGCGACCGGUCCGGUAGAUCGCGAUUCCUCGCGAAAUCCCGAAAGAAACAACCGGUAACGACCUCAUAAAACGUCCGGUCCGAGGAGAAAGAGGUUUCUCUCCUCCCGGACAGAGAAACCGUCCCGGACUCGUUCGAGCCCGAUCAAGACCGUCGGAGACGAAUUUCCGAUUUCUGACACAAUGGACUCUCUUACGUCACCUGCCCACUUAUCUCGCUUUCACUGGAGCGACACAGCUCCGUUUUAUCACUCGAGAGGGCUUUCGUCUACAUGGAAACGUACUCUUGCAAAUUUUACUUUUCACCCAAAUGGCGGCGCCGAAAAGGAAUUCCCACUCAUGAAAGUUUUACAAAUAUUCUGACGUUUUUAUAGAUAAAUAGUAUGUAAUAUAUUCAUGUAAAACAUUUCUGUCGUUGGAAACAUCAGCACGAUCCUCGGACCUCCUUAUGGAGGACCUCCACAAGGAGGUUCUAGGAGCGUGCUAGGUGGAAUUUACUUUCAUCAGGAACUCUAACUCGGCAAUUAACACCGGUGGAAGCUUCCUUUCCUUAAGGAAGUACGCGGAGGCAGUCGUUAACACCUCGAUGUCAAUGUACACCCGGGGACAUGAUUUGUUAAGCUCAAAUAAGUCUCAAGACUAAGAAAAUGAAGCUGAAAUCUUUAUAAUAGCUUUGCGAAUUACUGGACACGGUGCAUUAAAUAGAAUACCUCAAGAUAAUCAUAGGUCAUUUAUAAUAUCAGGUGAAAAGAAACGUGAGGAUUUUUUAAAUGAUUUUCGCGAUUAAGGGAGCGAUUCAAAAUGGCGUCCUUGGCCUUGCGGAGAUUCGUUAUGGCGGCUAAUUCUGAUCGUAAAUCAUUUUCUUUUCUGUUCGCGGUUAACUAUCAAGCUAGCUAAAGUGUUAGCAGCGUAAUUUCUUACGAGUACUAUGAGUUACGUCACGAUGACAGUACGCCAGGCGCCAAGACACAUUUAUGCGACAUACCGAUGAAAAAUUAUCGCAACUAGCUUUCUCCAACUCACUAUGACCGAUGCGUUGUCACAGGAAAAGAACCCAAUUCCAUUUGUGAUUUAACAUUGCGUAAUUACAGCAAGUUGGAUUAUUUUAAGUACUUCUCAGUCUUCCCCAUCGAUUAAAUGAUUUCUAAAAAUAUAUAUACUAUUGGUUUAGCAAUGCCACUUGAAAUAUGGACUACUGGACAUUGCAUAAAAAUCGUCCCAGGAUUUGAAUUCACCAGCCCAGUGAUCCGCGAAAAAUGUGUGGAGAAAAAAAAUAAGCCCAGAAUCCGGAGAAACCGCGACGUGCGGAAAGGAGCGGGCAAAAAAAGGGAGCCUCGAAUCCGGAGCGGGAGUAACCUUGUCACAUAACCUUGCGCGUGAACUUCACGGCGCCAUUGGCCGCGGGCAAGGAUCACUUUCACCGGAGCGACGGCCGAAGAAAGGCGACUUGCGGCGGGCCAGCGAGGUGGUGCGGUCCGGUUCCGGUUCCACUUCCAGUUCCACUUCCCCGGCCACUUUCGGCGCGGACCCGAGGGGAGGAUACGCGCCUAUAUAACUACGGCGUUCCGCUGAUUGGGCGAAGUAAACCACGCUCCCUGUGCCCAGAGAUCGCGCCCAGAGGGCGGCAUUGCGACGCCAUGAGGAUUCGCCCAAGAUGCGCGGCUGCGCUAGUUGUGCUACUGCAGGCCGCGCUUGUGGCGGGCAAGGCACUGGAACAGACGCAAUUGCAGCAGAUUCAGGAGCAAGUUCCAUACGGCACAGAGGCCCAGAAGCGAUUCGGAGGCGACGAGGGAGGGUUCGUGGGUCCCGUCGAAGAGCACCAUGAAGAGCACCAUGAAGAGCACCACGAGGUGCACGACGACCACCACCACGACCACCAUGACCCAGGGUAUUGGAAGAAGAAGCUGAUAUGGAAACCAGGCUGGAAGAAGAUCUGGAAACCAGCCCAGAAGCAGAUCUGGAAGCCGGCGUGGAAGAAGAUCUGGAAACCAGUCUGGGAGCCGACCCAAAGAGCGAUUUGGAAGGAGAUCCAGGUCCCAGCGUGGAAGAAGAUCUGGAAGCCGGUCUGGAAGGAGAUCCAGGUGCCAGUGUGGAAGGAGAUCCAGGUCCCGGCCUGGAAGAAGGUGUGGAAACCGCUCUGGAAGCCGAUCAAGGUUCCUGCCUGGAAGGAGAUCCAAGUUCCGGCCUGGAAGAAGGUGUGGAAGCCAGUUUGGAAGGAGAUCCAGGUGCCGGCGUGGAAAGAGAUCCAGGUCCCAGCCUGGAAGCAGAUCUGGAUCCCGGAGUGGGUGAAGGUCGGCAUUCCUGGCGAGCACUACCAUGGGACCGACCACCAUGGUUGGGAAUACACGAGCCAUGACCUCUGGAAGAAGAAGCUGAUCUGGAAGCCGCUCUGGAAGAAGUACUGGAAGCCUGCGAAGAAGCAGAUCUGGGUGCCGGACAAGAAGCUGGAGUGGAAGGAAGAGUGGAAGCAGAUCUGGAAGCCGGCGAAGAAGCAGAUCUGGCUGGACGACAAGAAGCUCGUCUGGAAGGAGGAGUGGAAGCAGAUCUGGAAGCCGGACAAGAAGCUGGAAUGGGUGCCGGACAAGAAGUUGGAGUGGAAGGAGGCUUGGAAGCAGAUCUGGAGGACGGAGAAGAAGCAGGAAUGGGUGCCCGACAAGAAGCUGGCCUGGAAGGAGGCUUGGAAGCAGAUCUGGGUGCCGGCCUGGAAGGAGAUCUGGGUCCCUGCCUGGAAGAAGAUCUGGAAGCCGGUCUGGAUCUCCGAAUGGUUCCCCAGCGAGGACCACCAUCAUCCCCAUCAUGGCUGGGAAGAUCGCAAGGACACCCAAGUCCAGGCUUCGGAGCUGGUGGCAAGAUCCACCAAGCCCGCCGACCUGCGUUCGCAGCAGGCCCAACAAACCCAACAAACCCAACAAAUUCUACAGGUCCAGGAGGCCCAGUUGUCUCCAGACCCGCAAACCCAGGAAACGGACAGAGCUAGGUGGGACAGGUCCUUCCGAAAUGGUCUCAAGACCAUAACGCAGGACUUGGUCCCUCCACCUCUGCCCACCAACCAAGACAAGGUGAAUGCGGCCUUCAAGUUCCCUGGUCGCUAAUUUGGGAGGUGGGCAGCUGGGUUUUUUCCCCGGGGUCUAUCCCCGUCCUGGAUGUAACAUAAGCCAUUGUAUAUAUUAACGUUAAGGCCUAAAAUAACGAUAAGUUACCCGGGCGCUUGCUACUCGACUGACGCGUCCUCGGCGGACUUCUACCCUUUCCUUCCCCAGCACUGUUAUCGUUUUUUUUUAUA